AUGUCGUGCUACCUACACCAGUGCCUCCCUCCAGUCUACCAGAACUCCAUCCCCAUCAAGUACUCACCAGUAUAUACUGCCAGACAUCUGCCAGUGCCUACCUGGCACUCGACACUAUGCACACCACAAUAUGUGACCCCCUGCAUCCCCCGGCAGCGGAUCAUGUCCUCCAGCUUCUCCCACCAGCAGAGUGUGACCAAGUGUGUGCCACGGCUGCAGUAUCAGACCAAGUGUGUGCCACAGCAGCAGUGUGUGACCCAACGCAUCCAAGAGCAGCCACGUAUAACUCGGUGUGUGACAACCUGCGUGCCACAGCAGCAGUGUGCAACUGAGGGCAUGCUGCAGCAGCCUAGAGUGGCCAAGUGUGUGCCACAGCAGCAGUGUGCAACCGAGGCUGUGCCACAGCAGUGUGCAACCAAGUGUGUGACCGCCUAUGCCCCGCAGCAGCAGUGUGAGACCAGAUGUGUGACCACAUGUAUGCCACAGCAGCCGUACCUGACCAAGGCCAUCCCGCAGCAGCAGUGUGCAACCAAGUGCAUCCCACAGCAGUGUGUGACAACAUACACCCCGCAGCAGCCAUGUGCAACCAGGUGUGUGACCACGUGUGUCCCACAGCAGCGUGCAACCAAAUGGGUAUCGCACCGCUUUGUGACCUCUUCUGCCCCACAGCAGUGUGCAACCACGUACGUCCCACAGCAGCGUGCAACCAGGUGUGUGACCAAGUGUGUCCCACAGCGGUGUGACAGUGAUGGUGCUACCAUUUGUAUCCCACAGCAGUGUGCGACCAAGUGUGUGCAACAACAGCAGUGUGACACUAAGUGUGUGCCACAGCAGCAGUGUGCCACCAAGUGUGUGCCACAGCAGCAGUGUGCCACCAAGUGUGUGAGACAGCAGCAGUGUGCCACCAAGUGCGUGCCACAGCAGCAGUGUGCCACCAAGUGCGUGCCACAGCAGCAACGUGCCACCCAGUGUGUGCCACAGCAGCAGUGUGCCACCAAGUGCGUGCCACAGCAGCAGUGUGCCACCAAGUGUGUGAGACAGCAGCAGUGUGCCACCCAGUGCGUGCCACAGCAGCAGUGUGCCACCCAGUGUGUGCCGCAGCAGCAGUGUGCCACCAAGUGUGUGAGACAGCAGCAGUGUGCCACCCAGUGUGUGAGACAGCAGCAGUGUGCCACCAAGUGCGUGCCGCAGCAGCAGUGUGCCACCAAGUGCGUGCCGCAGCAGCAGUGUGCCACCAAGUGUGUGCCGCAGCAGCAGUGUGCCACCAAGUGCGUGCCGCAGCAGCAGUGUGCCACCAAGUGUGUGCCGCAGCAGCAGUGUGCCACCAAGUGUGUGCCGCAGCAGCAGUGUGCCACCAAGUGUGUGCCGCAGCAGCAGUGUGCCACCAAGUGUGUGCCGCAGCAGCAGUGUGCCACCAAGUGUGUGCCGCAGCAGCAGUGUGCCACGCAGUGUGUCCCACAGCAGCAGUGUCAGUCAGGUGGAGUGAAAAUUUCAAGCCACGCUAAAAAGUACUGCUCUGCCUCCAAAUGGCCCUGGUAA